AGCAAACCCUUAAAGUUAAAAUACAUUAACCAAAACCCUAAAUCUUUUCAACACCGUGAUUGCUUAACCCACCUCGUAAGUCCCGUGUCAUUUAAUGUGGAAAACAUUAUUUUAUAAUCGUAUUUACAUUAAAGAAAAGUAAGAGUUUAAUAGAAUAUUCUGAACAUUAUAAGUUAUUUGCACUGAAAUUACUAACACGAUGUGUUAGGUAACCAGUUUUAAUAACGUAGAAGAUUUAAACAUGUACUUACGCACGGCAGUUUUGAUGGCUGUUUUCGUACACCAGUCAACUUUAGAGGUUGUGGCAAGUAACAUCGCGGCUGACGACAGUGAGAAUUCUGACGAAUCGCGAGAGAUAGAAGAGAAAGAUGUAUUUGGUAAACCCUGUGUCACUAAUGAUGACUGCAACUAUGAUUUCUUUGCUACGUGUUACAACUUUAAAUGCAACUGUCAUUUGGGUUAUAGACCUGUAAAUGGUCUAUGUAAAGAAGUGACAGAAGAAGUUCACAAGAGUAACCUAACUACUGCCAUUUUUUCGACAUUAGGAGGGAUCAUCUUGUUAUCAGUAUUGUUCGUGGCCUUUGUUAGAUUACUGUCGAAGAAGUGGAAAGAACAGAGACGACUGUUUACUACAACGGCUUCUGCCAGACUUCAGUUAUCAACUAUAGUAGAAAGACAGUUUGCAGAUGCUCCAUUAACUGCAGAUCUAAGAGUACUUCCUCUACCUCCUUCAACUGCUUAUUCUGAGAAACCGCCACCGUCUUACGAAGAAGCUGUACAACUACAUGGCACCGGUCUCAGCGUACUUCCUCCUGCUUUUGAUGCCAGCAUCGCUCCACCUCCAUACGAAAGAAUAGAACGAGCUGGGUUAUAAAGUCGCGAGUAAUUAGUUCCAACAUAUAGGUACUAGUUCUGGAAGUGGCAUCGUAUAUCACAUAAACAUGAUGGAACAAUACGAUAUGUAAUGUUAAAAUUAAAAUGCCCCCUGUUAAAUAAAAUUGGUAGAAAUGUGCCUAGAAAAGGCAUUAAACUUUAAAGAAUAGCACAAAAGAAGCUGAACUCCAUUUUUUUUUGUACUUCGUAAUGUGAUCACUCUUUCCCAUCACCUAAUUAAAGUCAAAUGCAAAUUUGUAAUUAAUGAAAUUCAAUAUGAGUUCUAAGUGAAUUUCACCUGUUUUUUACGGUGAUUAAGAAAUUAAGAUUCUAUUACCCUCGUUUAAAUGCUCUUUCGAUUGAAAUAAUUUUACAAUAUUAUCUUAUGAGCAUUUAACUUGAAUAAUUAUUGUAUAUUUUCGUAAAAUUGUAAACCUAUAUCUUGUUUAAAAUAAUAACAAGAUCAUAAUUUGGACAGUACUAUAUUUAAGACUUUAUGGAAUUUAAUUGUUAAGAGUGUGAUAUAAUUAAAAUAUUCCAUGGAAAAAGAGAGAGCAAUAAACCUCCAUGGUGUAGGCAUACACUUAUAGAAAAUCGGAACAAACUUCAUUUAAUGUCUGAUUUUGUUAUUGUUUUCGUAUCAACUACAUCUUUAAGAAUAUUGACUGAUGUCUGGUCCUUUCAUUCAGACAUUGAGGAUAUCGACUGAUGUUUGGUACUGUAAUUCAGACUUUGAGAACAUCGACUGAUGUCUGGUCCUGUAAUUCAGACCUUGAGAACAUCGACUGAUGUCUGGUCCUGUAAUUCAGACCUUGAGAAUGUCACAUGUUGAAUGAUUCUCCAGUUGUUUCGGUUCUAUUGAUGCAGUUAUAGCGAAUGUAGCUUACUGUGUGGUGGUUCUGUUGAUUUAAUUCUUGAUAAUGACACAUAUAGAUGAUGUUCCAAUUGUUUCAGUUCUGUUGUUCCUUUUGCCCAUCUUGAUCUACGUCCAGCUCACCUGUUGCUACUCCAUUAUUCAUUCUGUCCAUUUGUUCUUGAUGUCCAGCUCACCUGUUGCUACUCCAUUAUUCAUUCUGUCCAUUUGUUCUUGAUGUCCAGCCCACUUGUUCUUUUGUCUAUCUCUAUAUGUGUCCGGUUUUGUCCCUUUUAAUGUUUAUUGGGUUUUAGUGAAAUUCUCAUGGCUCGAUGUGUUGUUUAUUUAAACUUAAACUGUUAUUCUGAUCCUCUACGUCUUCCAGCACAUCGUCUGCAAAUCUGAAGUCUGCCAGCUCUUCUCCUUGGAUAAAAAAUUCUUAACUUUCUAGGUUUUCCUUUUGAAGCACACAUUCUUGUCUUGCUCUAAUCGUUGUGGGUAAGAUGAGUCUCUUUGUUUAACUCCUUAUAUUUCUUACUGUCUCAGACUCAUUAUUAUCUCUAUGUAUUCUGACUAUUUCAUCUGAACACAUGCUUCUGUAAUGCUUCUUCUUCUUAGUGACACAUAAAAGGUCAUCAAAAAGGGUUUAUAGAAUAAAGCACGGAGUUAGUUGUUAUUCAUUUGUUUUCAGAAUUUGCCAAACAAUGGCUUGUAAAUGGACAGUUGUGGAGUAUUAUUUACUAAUUCCAACUUGUUCUCUAGGUUGGCUGGCAUCUAAAACAUUUACUAGUCUAUUCUGAAGAACUUGUAAAAAGUUUGUAAAUGUGUGAUAGUAAACUUAAUAGGUCUGUAGUUUUAUAAAACAUUUUCCUUGUUUAGGGUUUUAUGAGAUGAUUAUUUAUAAAUGGAUGGUAGCAAUAUAUUUUGCAAUAUAAGGUUACAUACAGCUGUAAGUUAAUAACAAUAUAUCAUCUUCUUUGUUAUAUUAUGUUCUUUGUAACUUCAUACAGUCGUGGAGACAUCUUGUUUUGAAUUUUCUACUUCUU